GCAGGAUCAGAAACAGAGAACUCCUCCUCCUCCUCCUCCUCAAUGGCUAUGAGAUAGACCCAACGUCUGCUUAUAUCUAGGAUAGGAGAUUUAUGCCCCAUCCAUGCACGAAAUUUUAAUAAAUGUUUUGUGGGUGUUUGCAUGGGAGGGCGGGUUUGAAUGCCAAAUAUCGAUCUCUGAAUCUUUCUUUAAUUUGACAUACAUGUAAGAAGGUCUUUUGGAAAAGAGAGAUUUUCACACAGACAGAGGGAGGAAGACCGGAAGCGGAAGAGAGAGAGAGAGAGAGAUCUAGAGGAUGUGGAAUGCGAGGGGGAUAAACGAAGAAAAAUUGGUGGCAGUAGCAAUAGACAAGGAUAAGAGGAGCCAAGUUGCAUUGAAGUGGGCUAUUGAUAAUAAUCUUAUUUCCAGAGGCCAGACUGUUAGACUAAUCCAUGUUCAUCAAUCCCCCCUUCCCAAUUCCAAUCCCAAUCCCACCCCAUCAUCAUCUAAUAAUUUGGGCAACGAUAACGAUGGAACGCCUAGACAAGAACCUUACGACCAAGCAGCCACCGCUGCCGCCAUUAACGACAUGUUUCUUUCCUUCCGUUGCUUCUGCUCCCGAAGAGAAGUUCUAUGGGAAGCUGUGACACUGGAAGAGCAGGAUAUAGCUAAAGCAUUAAUCGAUUAUAUUUCCUUCAAUAGAGUUGAUACUUUGGUGCUUGGUUCACCGUCAAAGAAGGGAAUUUCCAGAUUGUUCAAGAGUAGUGAUAUUCCAUGCACUGUGUUGAAAGGGGCACCAUAUUUCUGCAACGUGUAUGUCAUCUCAAAAGGAAAGGUUGCCUCCAUGCGCUCUGCUUCACAUCCACUCCCAUCAAAUAUUUCAGCAACUGGGUGGACAAGAUCCGCACCCACUCACCAUAUAAUUACUAAUGAUCAUGACACAGAUUUUGGAGAUAGAGUAACAGAAACCAGAUUGCAGGAUGAGAUGUCAAUCCCGGAAACAGACAUCUCAUACGUUUGUUCUGGAAGGCUAAGCACCGAUAGCACGUUCUUCGCUUUCUAUGAUAAUCUGGCUGGAUCUGCUGAACUUAUAACCGGACGCUCUCCAAGGAGCUUGAGCAUGAUGAGUGUGGGAGCCAGAAACUUCGAUCCGAUAGGCUUGGCCUCAGCAUCCAACUGUGCUGACUCUGACUACUCUCCCCAUGAAUUGUCACCCUCCGAUAAGGAAACAUCAUGCUUACCACUUAACAAUCUGCAGGAAUUAGUAGUAGAAGAAAAGAUGAGAAGGCUAGAACUCCAAAUGAAACAAACCAUGGACAUGUACCAUGCAGCUUGCAGAGAAGCCCUCACUGCCAAACAGAAGGCAAGGGAGCUCCAACUUGUGAAAAUGGAAUAUGGAAAGAGAUUAGAAGAAGCAGAGAGGGCCAAGGAGGAGGCCAUGCUGAUUGCAGAGGAGGAGAGAGAAAAGUCUAAAGUAGCACUCAAGGCAGCCGAAGCAGCACAUAAGAAAGCCGAGAAAGAGGCACAAAAGAGGAUAGAUGCAGAAAUCAAAGCACUCAAAAAGGCUGAGGACAAGAAGCUGAUGUUAGAUUCUUUAGGGCAAUCCCCUAAAGUAGACCACAAAUACCAAAGCCUUCUUCAUAUUGUGGUUGUCCUUUUCGUAUUUUACUGUUAUUUUUUUGAAUUCAUGAGGAACCAAAUAGAGAAUGGAAAUGGAAAUGCAGAAAAUGAUGAUGAUGAUGAUGAAUCAUCGGUAGCAGUGGCAAUAGACAAGAACAAAGGCAGCCAAUUAGCUCUCAAAUGGGCUGUUGAAAAUCUCCUCUCCAGAGGCCAAUCUGUAUCUCUUGUCCAUGUCAAACAAAAACCAUCCAGCAUCCCCACUCCAUCGGGGAACCAUGUAGCGCUGAGUGAUGUGAAUCGUGGAGUUGCAAAAGUAUAUAAAAACCAAGUUGAAAAUGAAGCCAAGGAGUUGUUCCUUCCUUUCCGCGCAUUUUGUACGCGUAAGGAAAUAAAAUGUAACGAAGUAAUCAUGGAAGACAUUGACAUAGCCAGAGCAAUAUGUGAUUACGUUAAGCUCAACUUAGUUCAAACUCUGGUGGUUGCUGCCCCCACAAAGAAUAGCUUUGUCAAAAAAUUCAUGGCCUCAGAUGUUCCGAGCAAUGUUUCCAAAAUGGCACCAGAGUUUUGCAAUGUAUAUGUCAUCUCCAAAGGCAGAAUUUCAUCAGUACAGUCUGCCACUAUUCCAGUCCCAAACCCACCUCUGCGUCCAUUACAGAUCCAAAGCAAUCCAGCUCCUAGACCAGCUGAUGCACGGCCCAUGCAAAACAACACCGCAAGAGCUGAGAGGACAACAUUUGUACCUCCGAACUUGACUGAAGACACAGAAGACAUCAAGUCACCAUUUAACAGAGGAAAAGCUUCAGGCAGAUCAUAUGUGGACCUUUCACCGACUGAUUCCGACAUGACAUUUGUAAGCUACAGCAAACCAACCACCGAGAGUAAGUGUGCAUCUCCCUUGGCAAGUCAAGAAUCGGGUGUGGCAUCUCUGCUUUCAUAUAGCUCAUCAGACAGGGACAACAGAAGCAGCUUUGAGUCCCAAUUCUCGCCAUCCAAGUCAUCUGAUCUAGGCUAUACGCAUGCCUCCUCAUCCAGCUCAGAGAGUGCCAACAUGUCUUGGUCAUCGUCAAACCAGGAUGAGAUGGAAGCUGAGAUGAGGAGGCUGAAGCAAGAGCUCAAGCAGACACUAAACAUGUACAGCACAGCACGAAAAGAAGCAGUCACAGCAAAACACGAGGCAACGGAACUUCAUAAUUGGAAAAACGAGGAACUACAAAGAUUAGGGAAGGCUCAACUAGCUGGGGAAGCAACAUUGGUAAUUAUAGAAAGAGAGAAAGCAAAGACUAAGGCUGCUAUUGAGAAAGCAGAAGCAGCUCAGAGGAUUGCAGAACUGGAAGCACAGAAAAGAAAGAAUGCUGAAAUGAAAGCACUCAAAGAAGCUAAAGAGAAGAAGAAAGUAUUAGAUGUGCUGGCACAAAGCAAUGUCAGGUACCGCAAAUACACCAUAGAGGAGAUUGAAGCAGCAACCGAUCACUUCUCAAUCUCUCUCAAAAUUGGGGAAGGUGGUUAUGGGCCAGUGUUCAAGUGUUUUUUGGAUCAUACACCAGUUGCAGUUAAAGUUCUUCGUCCCGAUGCAGCUCAAGGAAGAUCACAGUUUCAGCAAGAGGUUGAAGUCCUAAGUUGCAUACGCCAUCCCAACAUGGUUCUCCUCUUGGGAGCCUGUCCAGAGUACGGUUGCCUAGUCUACGAUUACAUGGCAAAUGGGAGCUUAGAAGAUCGUCUGUUUAGGCGAGGGAACACACCACCUCUUCCUUGGCAACUCAGGUUUCGAAUAGCUGCAGAAAUUGGGACUGGCCUUCUUUUCCUCCACCAGACAAAGCCAGAACCCAUAGUUCACCGUGACCUAAAACCUGCAAACAUUCUCCUCGACUCUAACUUUGUCAGCAAGAUUAGUGAUGUUGGCUUAGCCAGACUGGUCCCUCCAAACGUGGCAGACAGUGUAACUGUAUACCACAUGACCUCAGCCGCAGGAACUUUCUGUUACAUAGACCCAGAGUACCAGCAAACCGGCAUGCUAGGAACAAAGUCCGAUAUCUAUUCACUAGGUAUCAUGCUGCUUCAGAUUGUUACAGCCAAGCCCCCAAUGGGUUUGACUCACCAUGUUGAACGGGCUAUUGACAAGGGUAUUUUUGCUGAAUUUCUUGAUCCAUCUAUCCCUGACUGGCCAGUGGAACAGGCAUUGAGCUUUGCACAGCUAGCUCUUAAAUGUGCAGAGCUGAGGCGAAAAGAUAGACCAGACCUUAAGACCGUUGUGUUACCUGAGCUUAACAGGUUGAAAGCCCUUGGUGAAGAAAAGAUGCCUAACUGUUUCAUGAUGCUGGGUGGCGGCAGUACACCAGAAACCUCACCAAGUCAGAGCCAAGCCUCCGCAACAUCCCAAGAUGUAAGUGACCCAAUAUUGCGACCAUUUGGAUCUGAAAGUUCACAGAGCCAUUUGAGCUCCUCAUCUCAUUCUGAGAGAAGAUCAAGCUGAAGUUUGAAGAUAUCUCUAACCACAAUUGUUGAACGAGUACAAAACAUAAACGAGUGAUUUGAAUUCAGUUCUUCAGCAAGUGCAUAAAAAAGCAGAGCUGUUGGAUGUCUCAACUAGUUUGGGUACAAAAUAAGAUGCCUGUUCUAGCAACAAGGUUUAUGCAACUUCCUCUUCGAAUAUUUUGACAACUUGAACUUUGAAGUUGCCCAUGUUUACAGUAUUUCCCCAUAAGGGUUAGUUUGGUUUGUGGGCAUUUUUCUCCAAUGCUUGGAGCAAUUUUAACAGGAAGCUCUGAACAGAUGGGUGACUUAAAUAAAUAAAACAAAGAUUCUUUCCGGGAUGGA